AUGGCUUUCGCCUCCCGUUCAGCGCGAAGGACGCGAUCCUGCGUCUUUAGUAUUCUCCAAGAGUCUUAUACUCCCUCUCGACUCCCUCGCUCCCGUCUCGUGAUCCCGACUCGCUCUGUCCAUGUUAAGGCGACACCAUCGAUAACAUCUCUCACACCGCCAAUUGAUCUCACCCAAGAAACCAGGACAAUCCCAAAACUCAGUGGCAAAGGACCUUUUCCUCAGACCGUCGAGUUCGAAGUCCUUGGAGCGCCCCAUUCCUUGUUAUCCGUUUCGCUGCCGUCAGAUGCGAUUCUUUAUACUAGAAGAGGAACGUUACUAGGCGCAACUGCGAAAGGCGAUAUCAACAAUGCUGUGUCAACUCUUGCCAUGCUCAAACCUAUUCGAAGAGCGAUGCUAGGAAUACCAUUCCUUUAUCAAAAUAUAUCUUCAACAACACCUUUGACAUGUCUCGUUGGCACGAACUCUCCAAAUACGACUUUCGCCGUGAUCGAACUCGACGGAGCAAUUGAUUGGAUGGUUACUCAGAGAAACGCUUUGCUUGCAUGGACCGGCCACUCCAUCCAAACUACACCUAUCAUUAACCGGACAAUGAGUCCUGCACAAUGGAGUAACUCACGAAUAUCCGGUCGAGGAUUGGCAGCGCUGGUCGGUAAAGGACAAGUCUACCAAAUCAUUCUCGGAGACGGUGAAGAGAUGAUUAUACACCCAACUCACUUGUUGGCUUACUCCAUCGGUGCUGACCGGCCUCGCCCAUAUCGACUCGCUCAGACGACACUGAGGUUUCAGCUGCCUAAAUUUAGUAUCUUACGAGGACUCUUUCCCAAGUCUGAAUUCAUUUCUACGAUGAUGAAGACCGAUACCUACCAGGCCGUAUCUAAAAUCCUUUAUAACACUAAAACAUGGAUACGCCGUGUUCUAUGGGGGGAUAGGUUAUUCUUACAAUUCAAAGGACCCAGCACGAUCCUCGUCCAAUCGCGAACAUCACGAUUGACAGAUGUGUUUACCAAGGAUGAAAUUAAUGACACUGCGUCGGUAGAACCUGGAGCUCUUGAUAGAUUUCAUCCGCCAGACCAACCGAAGCAUUCAUCUGAUCCUUCAUCAACUGGGCGUGAAGAAAACCUCACCGUGAAAAUGGCUACCGUAGCCAAAACUGGAAAGGUAACAUUCGAAGAUUCUUCGCCGGAAGUAUUUAUCAGAUAA